GGAUUAAAAGUUCUGUGAAAAAUGGAUAAACAGAUGGGUUUUUCUUUUCUUUCUGUUUUCUUGGUUUGUUAGAGCGCGCUCGAGCAUUGUGUUUGUCUUAAAACCGAAGGCGAUCGAAGCAAGGAGUAUCGAUCGAGCCCUAGAUCUCAUCCUAUUCUUUCGUUGUCGUUCUCCUCCUCCUCCUCCCUCGUGAUGCGGCCUUCGGUCUAGGGUUUGAUGCCGCCCUCGCCUCGGGAGUGCUUUGGAUGGACGAACCCUCUCCUUUCUCCUCCUGCUCCCUGUUGAUCGCCGCCGGAGCCACCGCCCUGUGCUGCAUCUUCGCCCUCUGGGCCCUCCGAUCGAACGCCGAAGGGGUCUUCCGGAGGCCCAGGAGGAAGAAGCUCUGCGGCUGCUCUUGUUCCUGCGGGGUUGCCGGGAGUACUGGUGGUGGGGAUUGCGACGCCCGCGGCGGCGACGGGGAUAUGGCGGUGAGGGAUAACAAGGUCGGCACGGCGGAGCGGCAGGCCGGCGGGUCGAUGAUGGAGCAGCUGGUGCCGGAGAUCACCACACACGCGCUCAGUUACCUCGACUAUACCAGCCUUUGCCGCCUCUCGAUGACUAACUCUGCGAUGAGGAGGGCUGCAAAUGACGAUGGCGCGUGGAAAGCACUCUACCACAAGGACUUCACAGUGGAACAGGACACUGUUAACCCAAGCAACGGAUGGAAAGCUUACUAUGCUGCCACCAAAGCCAUUGUCAAUGUCAAUGCAGAAUUCUAUAAUAUAAUCAGAGAAAGGUCACUUCCAGCAAUGAGUAGAUUUUGGCUUAAUGCUGACUAUGUAAAAUGUAUACAUGCAUCUGGGGAGUUAUUCACAGGGUACAGUGCAGUGAUUGACAGCUGGGCAUUGUUAUUCAACUGGGGCCAAGGUGGCGGCCAAGGGAUUGAUUUCCAGAUACGGGAUGUACGAGCUCGUAUUCUUGGUGACGUGGCUUGGGUUACCAUGAAUGCUUAUGUUGACAUCGACUCGGGGCCAUUCCAUGUGACUAAUAUCUACGAGCUUCAUGAUGGGAGAUGGCACAUGGUUCACCACCAUAGCUCAGUGAUGCUACAUUGAAGUGGAUGAGAAAAGCAGUGGUUGUCGAAUGCCUGAUUGUGCUGAAAGCUUAUCUCUCUUUCAAUUUUCCCUCUUAGUUCUAUUGUCAUGUUUCUUUUCUCCAUUUUACCACCAAAAGGUAUACUUGAUGAUAUCUUCACUCUAGAAUGUCAACAUAUGCUUCUAUAGCAUUCUCGGUUGCGAUAGUAAAUUCUUUCCUCUCCAUUAGGUCCAGUUGUAUCUUUAUAAUCAAAUUUUGAUUGUCCAAAUGUCCACCCU